UGACUCCGAAGAAGCAUUUGAGACCCCGGAGUCCACUACACCGGUAAAGGCACCACCGUCACCUCCACAGCCACCCCCUGAAGCAGUGGCGGCGGCAGCAGUUGUAGCUGACAUAGCAGAACAAGAGAUCAAACCUCAGCUGCCCUUGGAAGACACAGGAUCAUGUUCAGAAGCUGCACCUGUAACUGAUGUGUCACACAGCGAAUCAGUUGAAGAAAGCCCUUUCCGUCCCCCUUCCCACUCUUUUUCCACCGUCUUCGAUGAGGACAAGCCAAUAGCCAGCAGUGGAACUUACAACUUGGACUUCGAUAACAUUGAGUUGGUUGAUUCUCUCCAUGCCUUAGGACCAAGCUCUCCAGAAUCAAAGAAUCGUGACCCCAAAGCAAAUGUGCGAAGAAAAUCUACUGAUUCACUCCCAGUUUCCAAAUCUACGUUGUCUCGAUCUCUUAGCUUACAAGCUAGUGAUUUUGAUGGAGCAUCUUAUCUUGGCAACAGUGAGACAUUAGCACCGGCAGCAGAUGUGUACGGUACUGGUUCAAGCAGUGCUUCUAGUACCCUUAAGAGAACAAAGAAAUCCAGACCAGCUUCCUUAAAAAAGAAGCAGCCAGCCAAAAAACCUCUGGAUGCUCCACUGGUGAAGGAAACACCGCAAGAACCGCCUGACCUUGGCCAAGCUGACUGUGACCCAGGUGAGGAUAAAGCAGCAUCUGAAGCUAAGGCUGAGUCGGUAAGGCCUGAAUGUACUGAACCUUCUAAAAUCUCUGCUGAGAAACAGGAGGCCCCACCUGUGCCUGAAGGAUCCCACCCUUUGGAUCCAGACAGUUUGGAAGGGAUUAGUGCAUUUAGCACUGGAGGCAGCAAGGUACAAAACUCUCCCCCUGCCAAUAAGAAACCACUACCUCUUACGACGGCACCGGAGGCUGGAGAGGUGACUCCACCUGAUACUGGAGGACAAGAAGACCCUCCGGUCAAAGGCGUUGCAGUGAGGCUGGAGUUUGAUUACUCUGAAGAGAAAGGGGUGAGUGAAGACCAGCAGGAGAGUACUCCUCCUCCCAAAAAAGCAGGUAAAAAGCCUGGUGCUAAAAUGCCACUAAGGAGGCCAAAGACUAAAAAGUCAGUGGAAAAGCUUGACAAUGCUCCUACAACACCGACUAAGUCACCCACUGAUCCAAACGAAAUCCCUAUCACAAAAGGCUCUUACACUUUUGAUAUUGACAAGUGGGAUGAUCCCAAUUUUAACCCAUUCUCAUCUAGUACAAAAAUGCAAGAAUCACCCAAACUGCCUCAACAAACGUACAGUUUUGAGCCAGACGUGUGUGAGGACUCUAUUGACCCUUUCAAGUCUUCUUCCAAGAUAGCCAGCUCGCCCUCUAAAUCUCCAGCUUCCUUUGAGAUACCAGCCAGUGCCAAUGAAACAAAUGGAACUGAAGGAGACAACUUGAAUAAACCUGCAAAAAAGAAGAAGACACCAUUAAAAACGGUGAAAAAAUCACCAAAAAGAUCCCCACUAUCUGAUCCUCCUUCUCAGGAUGCCACUCCACUGCCAACUCCAGAAACACCUCCCGUCAUAUCCACGGUGGUUCAUGCGACAGAUGAGGAGAAACUGGCGUCUUCAGUGACUAGUCAGAAAUGGACCUGCAUGACUGUGGACCUGAACACGGAUAAGCAGGAUUACCCACAACCCUCUGAUCUGUCUACAUUUGUGAAUGAGACCAAGUUCAGCUCUCCUACAGAGGACUUGGAAUAUGGCAACUCAUAUGAAAUAGAAUAUAUGGAGAAAAUAGGCUCCUCUGUGCCUCAGGAUGAUAGCACCCCGAAGAAACAGUCUUUAUACCUAAUGUUUGAUGCACAGCAGGAGAGCCCAGUCAAAUCACCUCCCAUCAGACUGUCUGAUUCCACAACACCAUGCUCAGGGUCAAGUUUUGAAGACCCUGAAGCCCAGCAGUCCUCUGGAAUGAAAAUACAACAUCCAGCUUCCCGAGUCCUAGCUGCCAGCCAAGAGGCACACUUACAGUCACCUGACAAGUCAAAGCAGAAAGACCUAGAGCCCAUGACCCUAGGAACAACUCCAGAGGCUAUUGAAAUAACGUCUCCUGAAGACUCCUUUGUCUCUGCUGAUGCUCUUCUCAAUAGGAUAUCUAAGAAAACCUCAAUAUGUGAGCAGCCUGAAUAUCUAGAUCCUGACUUAGCAGAAAAGAACCCCCCAGUAUUCGCUCAGAAGCUUCAGAGAGAACCUGCUAUCCCAGCAGAUGUUUCCAUCUCUAAGAGUGCACUGUACUCCCGGAUCGGCACCGCAGAUGCAGAGAGCACCACGGGUCUCCUCUACCCCCAGCAAGACUUAGACUCUGCACUACGACUCGCCAGAGCAGAGAUUGUGGCCAAGGAAAGGGAAGUAUCUGAGUGGAAAGAGAAAUACGAAGAAAGCAGAAGGGAAGUGAUGGAAAUGAGGAAGAUAGUUUCAGAAUAUGAGAAGACGAUUGCUCAGAUGAUAGAGGAUGAACAGAGAGAGAAAUCUGUCUCCCACCACACUGUUCAGCAGCUGAUAGUGGAGAAGGAACAAGCAUUGGCAGAUCUGAACUCAGUGGAGAAGUCACUGGCAGAUCUUUUCAGGAGAUACGAGAAAAUGAAAGAAGUAUUGGAGGGGUUUCGGAAGAAUGAAGAAGUGUUAAAGAAAUGUGCACAGGAAUAUUUAUCACGAGUGAAGAAGGAAGAACAGAGGUAUCAAGCACUCAAAAUUCACGCUGAGGAAAAACUGGACAGAGCCAAUGCUGAAAUUGCACAGGUGAGAGGCAAGGCUCAGCAAGAGCAAGCAGCGUACCAGGCCAGCCUUCGUAAAGAGCAGCUCAAAGUGGAUGCAUUGGAAAGAACACUGGAACAAAAGAACAAAGAGAUAGAAGAAUUAACAAAGAUCUGUGAUGAACUGAUUGCCAAAAUGGGGAAAAGCUAACUUCUAACCAAAUUUCUGGACUUCAAUAUUGAGUGCAAUAUGACCAUUGGCACACUGAUGUCCAUACAUUUAUGUGGACAGGUUAUAUUUUCACUUUUUCGUAUGCACUACUGUAUUUUCUUUCUAAAUAAAGUUGAUUUAAUUGUAUGCAGUACUCAGAUGACUAUCAGAAUUUCUUGCUAUUGUUUGCAUUUUCAUAGUAUAAUUCAUAGCAAGUUGAUCUCAAAGUUCCUGUAUCAGGGAGAUUGUCAAGUUCUCUAAUUACAAAUUGCUGAUCCUAGCCUUCCCUUUGUACAUGAGUUCCCAUGUUGGAUGUCUUUUGGAUUUAAUAUAAACAUGUAUUACUUGCAUGGGGACUCUUGCCUUAAGGAGCAUAAACUUUAUCUGCAUUUGCUGAUUUGUAAAAUAAAAUUAAAAAUGGAAGAAAAAAAAAGGAAAUGCAUGUCACUGAAAUGAAAUUCUCUAUUGUAAAUAAAUUUUUUCGUUGAAAGUUGA